CUUAUAUAAAAUAAAGAUUUCAACAAUGUCUGAAUCGAAAGAUGACGUAUCUGUAAUGCCAUUUGAUGACCUUCAAAAGGUUAUAGAUGACAAAACUCAAUUCGACAGCUAUAUCGAGUCAACCCAAGACUUUAUUAGUAGGGAAGACUAUUCUAAAAUAUUCAAGGACGAUUUCAUUAAAAUUGUGGAAAAGUUGCUCUCUGAGUUUGGUCUUAAGCCAACUUGGGCUCAAUACAGUAGUUUGUGGGGAACUUAUGAAACAGAAAUAGGUUCGAGUGAAGAAGACAUGGAAGAUCCUAAAACCUUGAUAAAAUAUCUCAAGGAUGUUGUACAAGAGUAUAUCUGGCUUUCUGCUGAAUAACCUAAUUUCUUUAUUCUUUCUGACA